CUUCACUCUGCCAGAGAGUCUUCAUCGACGGGCUGGGAAAAGCGGAGACCACUCCGCGAUCUCCGAGUUCUUCUCUGUCUUAUCCUCCAAACUCUAAUCCCUUCAUCAAGUUCCGAUCUUUCUCUCCAAUUCAGAUCCAUGAUCCCUUCUUUUCCCUUUUCUCUCUCACUGUCUGAUUUGCCAGAUCUGUGACAUGGUGAACGCUUCUCGCAUUGAAGAGAAAUUUAGUUGCAUUGGAUGAAUAUCAAAGAACAAAUGCUCAGAGUUUCUGCAUAGAUAGAUACAUAGAGAAAGAAAAGGGAGGGAGGAAUUUUUUUUUAGUUUGUUUCUGUGAAAAUGGAAUCACUAUGGAAGCUAACCUACUUGCUUGAACCAGCUUCACUUGCCCUUAUAGUUACGGCAAUUUUCGUUACCUUUGCAUCAGCUUUUCGAGCUCUGAGUCAUGGUAAAGAAAUGGAGAGGAACCGAGACUUUUCAGAAGCUUCUAUUACUUUAGAUCAGUCUCAAGCUCUUAUGAUCCCCAUUGCAAGCUCUUGUAGCCUUUUGCUAAUGUUUUAUCUCUUCUCAUCUGUUUCUCACCUUCUUACUGCCUUUACGGCUAUUGCAUCUGCGUCAGCUCUCUACUUCUGUUUUUCGCCGUACAUUGCCUAUUUGAAGAACCAAUUGGGCUUGACGGACCCUCUUGUGUCUCGAUGCUGUUCAAAGUCUUUCACAAAAACACAAGGGAUUUUACUGCUUGUAUGCAUUGGUACUGUGAUUGCUUGGCUUGUUUCUGGCCAUUGGAUGCUGAACAAUUUACUUGGCAUAGCUAUAUGUAUAGCAUUUGUCAGCCAUGUGCGCCUUCCCAAUAUCAAGAUAUGUGUAUUGCUACUGGUUCUCUUGUUUGUCUAUGAUAUAUUUUGGGUGUUCUUCUCGGAAAGAUUCUUUGGUGCGAAUGUAAUGGUAUCAGUUGCUACUCAGAAAGCUUCAAAUCCAGUUCAUACAGUGGCAAAUAGCCUGAGCCUUCCAGGCUUGCAGUUAAUAGCAAAGAAGUUGGAGCUUCCAGUUAAGCUUGUUUUCCCAAGAAAUCUGCUAGGUGGCAUAGUUCCAGGGAAUAGUGCUGUCGAUUACAUGAUGCUUGGUCUUGGGGACAUGGCAAUUCCUGGUAUGCUUCUAGCAUUAGUUCUCUACUUUGAUUAUCGGAAGAGUAAAGACAUGGAUAGUCCUUUAGAUUCAUCUUCCCCCAAAGGGCAUAAAUAUGUAUGGUAUGCUCUUUCUGGAUAUGCGGUAGGUCUCAUUACUGCAUUAGGUGCUGGAAUCUUGAGUCAAUCUCCUCAACCAGCUCUUCUUUAUCUGGUACCGUCAACUUUGGGGCCAGUAAUUUUCCUCUCAUGGAUCAGACAGGAACUAAGAGAACUUUGGGAAGGAUCUAUUCCAAGUUCUCAUGACAAGGUUCAUUUAAUGGAGGUUUGACUGGAAUUCUCGCCCUCUGCUUGUAUACACUGAUUCUCUAUAUCCUUGUAUGUAACAUUGAUGCAACCGUUUUUUCUGAAGACAAUGAGAUUAAGCUGAAACAUUUUACUUUCCCUUGGAAAGAAUGGAUAUAUAUCGCGCAAAUUCAUGUUUGUCGGAAAUGUUGCUGAAAUGUUGUCCAAAAUUAUUAGUAUUUAUGUCGUUGAGAAACACGCAGUAUGUUACAAUGGAACAAGAACCUCAAUGUAUCAGUCUAAAUUUUUUCUGAAUAAUUGGAUAUCUAUUUCCUUUUUUCUUUUGUUCA